AUGUAACCUGCGGUGGUGCUCACACCUACUACUAAUAAUUACAUCUGCAGGUGGCGGUAUAUGCACAUGUAGCUGAGCUGGACGUGUUCUUGUAUGUAGCAGCUUCACCUGCAGUCCUAUGUAAAACUACUGAUGACAGAUACUGAGAUCAGCUAGGUGUUUUACUGCUGCCAUGCAUCUUCAGCAAGGGGAUAAUCAAGCAUGGCCUCCACAGAACCCAGCAGAUUUAUUCAGCUCUAAUAAUAUAGUAAAGAUAUGUGCCCCGAUGGUACGGUAUUCUAAGUUGGCUUUCAGGAACCUGGUGAGAAAGUAUGGCUGUGAUCUGUGCUAUACACCGAUGAUUGUUGCUGCUGACUUCAUCAAAUCUGCUAAAGCCAGGGACAGUGAAUUCACUACAAACCAAGGAGAUCAGCCGCUUGUUGUGCAGUUUGCUGCUAAAGAUGCCCAGGUUUUAGCUGAUGCAGCUCUUCUGGUCUGCCCAUUUGCUGGAGGCAUUGAUAUCAAUUGUGGGUGUCCUCAGAGAUGGGCAAUGUCUGAAGGUUAUGGGGCAUGCUUGAUAAACCAGCCUCAGCUUGUCAGGGACAUGGUGAAACAAGUGCACAGCCAAGUUCAAAAUGAAAGAUUUUCUGUCUCAAUUAAAAUAAGAAUCCAUUCAGACAUUACAAGAACAGUUGACCUUUGUCGGAAAGCAGAGGCUGCCGGUGUUUCCUGGAUCACUGUGCAUGGGAGACUGUCUGAAGAAAGGCAUCAGCCUGUUCACUACGAUGCAAUAAAAGUCAUUAAGGACAGCUUAUCAAUACCUGUUGUGGCUAACGGAGACAUCAAAAGUUUAAAAGAAGCAGAAGAUAUUCAUCAGUUAACAGGAGCCGAUGGUGUGAUGGCAGCAAGGGGCCUUUUGGCAAACCCAGCCAUGUUUGCAGGAUAUGAGGAAACACCUAUGGCCUGCAUUCAAGACUGGGUUGACAUUGCUCUGGAGCAUGGCACACCAUUUACAUGUUUUCAUCAUCACCUGAUGUACAUGAUGGAAAGGAUAACCUCAAAGCAAGAGAAGAGAGUUUUCAAUGUCCUGUCUAGCACAUCGGCCGUUUUAGAUUAUUUAGGAGCCUCCUAUGGAAUGUGAUGUACUUUUAGUCUCUAUUGUGUUCAGUUUGAAGCCUUUUUCAUGCAUUCUGCAUUCUUACCUCCAAAACAGUGGACACCACAACGGACCCCACUGUAAGCCAGUGGAGUAUGUCAGAUGCCAUUCCUCAGUCGCAUGAUUGAUCAGGCACAGUCUAGUGGCUUUAAUUAUGAAUGGAAGCAUAUGACAUGGAUGUAAAAUGAGCUUUAUUGUAAACCACUGCUAUUGUAUGUUCUGCAAAUUCCAUUAUUGGUAGAGUUGUGUCUUAAUUUAACUACAAUGGAGCUACAGCUACAAUUCUUUACAGUCUCUGGUUCCUUGAGAUUAGGAAUAUCGUGCCAAUAUCUUUGCAGUAUAUGUCAUCAUCCUAUAUUGUUUUUAUGCAUUUUAAAAUACAGGUUGCUGAUUUCCUAAUGAUUUUAUCUAUAUAAAGUGGUAUUACUUGUUAUUUUAACCUUUUUUUUUCCACAUGAAGCUUUAAUAAGGAAUAUGUAUUAUAUCAUCUGUUGUCAUUUACUCUUCAUAUUUCUUCGUUGUACAAGCGAUAGCUGUAGGUUUGUUAUAUGGUUUACCAUUCAAUUUGUCUAUUUUUUCUGAAAAGUAAUUGCGUUAUUUUAUUGCUGCCUGUGGUUAUUUGGAAGUAACAUUCUGAACUUUUGUAAAGUUUUAUAUUGUAAAUAUUUUCAAUGUACAUAAUCUCAAAACAGAUGGACACUGUAAUGCAUAUAUUUUUUGC